AUGUUUGGUGUUCGUCGAGGACAUCUCCUCGUUCGCAAUGUUCAAAAAUGUAUUCGUCCAAGUCUUACGUCGUUCGUUAGUCGUUCGGUGAUUCUACCAAUUCAACCCGCCAUACUACCAGCGAGAACAUUUCAUGUAUCGCCAUUACUUCGGAGUAUUGCAAGCCAGGCAGUUAGUCCUGCCGCUGAGAGCGAUGCACUACCGCCGCUCCCUGAAAAGGAGGAGAAAGUGACGCACUUCGCGGAUUUGCAGAGCAAGGGAUUAGUUGAUGCGAAGAUCGUCGACGCGAUUACGAACAACAUGGGCCUCUCACAAAUGACAGAAAUUCAAGUCGAGACGAUUCAUCACACCCUUAGGAAGAAAGACGUGCUUGCUCAGGCUAAGACAGGUACUGGCAAAACCCUUGCCUUCCUUGUUCCAGUCAUUCAAAAUAUAAUUCGCCAGGACCCUUCGCUACGCAAUGCUCAAGUCACCCGUGGAGGAUUCCGCUCAGGAUUUCGUGGAGGGCGUCAGAUGUCCGGCGGCUCAGAUAUUCGCGCUGUUAUAAUUUCACCGACUCGUGAACUCGCGGAGCAAAUCGCCGAAGAAGCUCGGAAAGUCGUUCGCAACACAGGCGUCAAAGUCCAGACUGCCAUGAAGCAGACCGUUUGCUCGAUGACGGAUUUGCACCUGAUAUCGCCAGAUUGCAAACCCAUUUUCCAAAUCCAGAGGAAAUUUGAUCGCCAAACUCUGAUGUUCUCCGCCACUGUGGCACCCGAGAUCAGGAAUAUCGUUAACCAAACAUUGAAACCAGAUUUCUCUUUCAUCAAAACAGUGAGAGAUGAUGAGGCUCCUACGCAUCUGUCUGUUCCUCAACGGGCCGUAUUUCUCCACAGUUUAGCGAACCAGAUGCCAGCAAUCAUGGAAAUUGCCAUGAAGGCAAUUGCGAAUCACCAAGAAGAUCCUAUCAAGCAUAAGCCUUUCAAAGCCAUCGUCUACUACAAUUCCACCAACGAGGUUAGUUUGGCGAAGGAAGCUUUCGAUUUAUUACGAGUGGACCCACAAAAUCCCGCUUCAGCGCAUCCGCUCAACAUUCGUUCAAUGGAAAUGCAGUCUCGUUUGACUCAAGCGCAGAGAACAAGAUAUUCAGACAUGUUUCGCCGUUCGGCAUCCGCUAUCCUUUUCUCUUCCGAUGUAACCGCUCGUGGAAUGGACUUUCCCAACGUGACGCAUGUUAUUCAAGUCGGUGUUGCGCGUGAUAGGGAGUCAUAUAUUCACCGUCUUGGUCGUACCGCUCGUGCAAAUAAGACUGGUGAAGGGUGGCUUUUGGUCACUGAUCCCGAGAACCGCGAGCUACAUCAAAGACUUCGAGCCAUUCCAAUCAAGGAAGCCACCGACGCGUUACAAACGGCCAUGGUUGAUAUAUCGAAAGACCACUCAAUGCACCCUCAGCCUGUGGCUUCCAUCAUCUCCCAAGCCAAGGCAGCUUUCGCCGAGAUUGACUAUGAGCUGAAAGAGAAAGCGUACAUGGCUUCCCUAAGCAACGCGGCCGGGUCCCGUGAAAAGUUCCGUCAACUAAAUGAAUUAACAAAACAUCUCUGGGGUCUUGAGUCGCCUCCUCCAAUAAGUGGUCGGCUUUCACGAACCCUGAACAUCGACCGCCUUUCGAACGAAGGUGGAUCUGGGUUCAACGCGCCUAGGGGUGGACGGGGAAGGGACUAUCGUGGCGGAAGUCGAUCUAACUCCGGACGUGGCGGAUCCUCGCGCAACGAACCAAGGUCUCAUUGGGACGAUAGAGGGCGUGGGCGAUUCUCGCGUGAUCGGGAGCACGAUAGCGCUCGGUCAGGAUUCAGUCGUGGUUCGCGACGACGGCCCGAUUCCGACUGGAGAUAG